AGAUCCUGGAAGUGAUCUUCUAUUUUGUGUUCAAUUCUCAAAAGUCCCUUGACUCAAGUUCAAGCUCAAGCUUCAUCCGAGCCUUGUACGAAUUGCCUGGACUCAUAUCGCCUCCGUACGCUCAAGAUCCAUGCUUCCAUCCUCCAUCCUCGCACUUACCUGCCGUGCGUUUCGAGACCUAGCACUUGAUGUCCUUUAUUCUCACCUGACAGAUUCGCUGCCUCUUUGGUCGUGUCUGCCCUCCGAACUGCGUCAGCCACACAGAUCUUCAAGUUCCCCAGUGUGUAAUACACCCGAACAGUUCCUCCCAUUGAUCCUCCGUGCUGCACGCGUCCAUAUCUUCUUCAAUCCUGGUUCCUUCCCAUUCUUCCUUGCAAGCGCUCCCAAAGAUGCCCCACUCUUUCCCAAGCUGCGCUCACUCACGUGGUGCGAUUCACAUCUCACCUCCAUCCCCACACUCAGCCUCUUCCUACCCACCCUCGAGGCCCUCUCCCUCUACAUAAAUAAUGCUCCGUUUUGUCAGGCCGUCGUUCCUGACCUCCGUACCACCGCCCCACGCCUCAAAGCUCUUGAGUUUAGGGGCCACCUUGUUACGACUGGGGACGACCCCUCGGAAAUCGAGUUACUACUGCUCGGUUAUCCUGAGGGUCUCACAGCGCUGUCGUUCCUACUCUGUGAUAUCCCAAGCAGCUUGCUUCAUGACAUCGCCCUGUGGCCACGCCUCCAAUGGCUCACCUUGAAGCUGGGCUCCAAUAGCAUCCCCACUCUACCUCUCCAAGUGCUUCAGCCCUUUCCGGCACUCACUCGCCUACAUAUCUCAUGCGAGGAACUGGGCCAUUUCAUAUCUUUCCUGCGUGCUUUCCAGAUUCUCACGAUGGAUUCUGAUACACGUUCCUUUGGAUGUCGCAACCUCAAAACAAUCCAUGUGAGCGCACAAAGAUGCAGUCCAGGCAGCAUCUGGUCCGAACUCCUUAUCAUUUUUACCCGCACACAAUUAGAACACAUCAUUUUCACCGAGGGGUGUCGUCAUCAGGAGUGCCCAAAUGCACCCUCAUUCUUUGACUUUCACCCCCUACUCGUGCACCCCACCGCCCUCGCAAACCUCAAGACCCUCGUCAUCUCCCCCGUUAUCACCUCGUCCAUUGCACUCACUGACUCAGACAUCCUUACGCUUGCUCGUACAUGCCCAUGCCUCGAAAUCCUUAACAUAGGGGUGUGCAACACCCCCAUAUCACUGUAUACCUUAGCCAUUCUCGUGAAUUGCUGCCGUGAGCUGCGCGAGGUAUCACUUUGCGUGGAUGUGCGACUUGAUGCCCUCGGCACGCCACCUCUAGACGACGAUCAAGCGGCUCUGCAACCCAACACGCGCCUUCGCAAGCUGCUCGUUGGGGUGUCGCCCAUUGCGUGCGUGGGCCCCUUGGAUCCUCCGACAGCGCCAGACCUGAUGAGGUCCAUCCCACGCUUCCUGAACAUGAUGGCACCGCUUUUGCGAGUCUCGUGGAUACCAGGUAAGGAGGGGCUCCAAAAAAUGUACAACAAGAGAUGGAAUGUGGUAUCAAAUACUUUGGAGGUGAUGGCGAAAGGUGAAGUUGAUGACGGUAACUGACGUAUUUUUGAGUGGCUCGGAUCGCUGUGUGUAUGCGUGCAGGACGAGAUGAUUAUCUUUGCAUGUGGUAUUUCAGGCUCAAGGAUUAAUAUAUACGUAGUAUUUUCAGGAUCAUUUACAUAUGUACAGUAUAUCAUGUCGCGAACUAGUUCACUGUUUCUUGCAUGCACUCAUAGUACUUUCGAAAACCCGUGCCUUCAAACCGCUACGCAUUGAAGAGUCAAGUACACAGGGA